AUGUCAGAAAUAAAUCCCUUUGAUUUUUUUAGAGAUGAAAUGGAAAGCGAUGAAAUAUAAAUAAGAGUAAAUGCAAUUCAUCGUUUGAAAAUUAUAGCAACAUUAAUUGGCGAUGAUUAAAUAAAAACAAGUCUAUUACCAUAUUUAGAGCAUUUAAUUAAAAAAGAAGCUGAUGAGGUAUUAUUUGCAUUAGCAGAAGAACUAUAUAAUAUAGCUUUAAUAUUAUAAGGAAAUUAAAUAGUUUUACUUUCUCAUCUUGAAUAUUUAGCCUAAGAAGAAGAAACUUUAGUUAGAGAAAUGGUAUAAUAAAAUAAAAUUGUAUAUAAUAUAAAUUAAAAGGCUGUAAAAUCUUUAAUUAAUAUAUCAAAUUAACUUAGUGAAUAUGAAAUAUUAAACUUUUAUAUUCCAUUAAUUUUUAGACUAGCAAAUAAUGAAUAAAGUUACAUAAGUAAAAUUUCCUCUAUUAGCCUAAUGUGUAAUAUUUACCCAAAAGCUGGAUAAUAUUAAGAAAAAAUAAGAAAGUUAUUUUAUUUUUUUAUAAAACAAUAAUAUAAUUUUUAACCUAAAAAAAGCAAGUUUUAAUAAUUAUGUACUGACCAAACUGAAAUUGUUAGAAGAGCAGCAUCUUAAAAAAUUGGAUAAUUUUCCACUGUAAUUGAAAAAGAGAAUUUCUUAUUAAACAUAAGCAAAUCUUUAAAAAAUUUAAUGCAAGAUGAAUAGGAUAUUAUUAGGAUUUAUAUUUUAGAUUAACUAAAAUUAAUUGUGAAGAUAUUAAAAAAAGAAGAGAAUGAAUAAAUAAUACUUCCUCUUUUAAAACAAGCAAGUUUUGAUUAAUUAUGGAAAGUUCGUUUAAAUUUAUCGAAAGUAAUUGUUGAAAUUUUUGAACUAUUUUAGGAACAAUAAAUAAAUAAUUAAAUUAUUAAUAUACAAAUAAGUUUAUUAAAAGAUCCAGAAAAUGAUGUAAGAAUUACUGCUGUAAAUUAAAUGUGUAAAUUUGUCCAAAAAAUAGAAUAUGAGCAAAUACUUUCUUUAAUUCCUUUAAUUUAAUAAUUAGCAAAAGAUACUGCUUAUUAAGUUAGAUAAGGAAUAACGGAAAUUAUAGGUAUUAUUUUGAUUAAGUUUUAAAAUGUAGAAUUUUCGAAUAAAUUAAUAAGUCUUAUUGUUGAACUGUUUGAAGAUGAAAAUAAAGAAGUUAAAAUUUUAGCUUUAAAUUAUGCUUGCAAAUAUUUAGUUUCUAAUUAAGGAAACAAUAUUUAGACUUUUAUUCCGUUAUUUUAAAAAGCAGUAGAUGAUUAAAAAUGGAAAGUUAGAUUGGAAGGGUAUAAUUGUUUAGUGGAAGUUUCUUAAGUUAUAAAUGUAAAAAAAAAAUUAGAUUUUUUUUUUUUAGUUUUUAUUAUUUUAUAGAAUCCUACAAUAUUUUUAAAUUAAUUAGAACCUUUUUUUAUUGGAUAUUUAAAAGAUAAAAUUGCUUUCAUAAGAGAAAAUGGGGUUUAAAAACUUCCUAAAAUUAUAUAAAUCUAUAAAAAUUGGGCUUUUGAUAAAUUUUAUAAAAUAUUAAUUGAUUAACUUGAUGUUUCGAAUGGUUAUUUAUUUAGAGGUACAGCUUUAAGUUCCUUAAAAAUGUUAGGAUUAAAUGGAAGUGAAGAAAUAUUAAUAGUAAAAAUAUUGCCUUUACUUUAUUAAAAUUUAAAUGAUAGUGUUUCAAAUUUAAAACUAAUUAUACUGAAAAUACUAAAAGAAAUAAUCUAAAAAACUUCUAAUUAAUAUAUUAAAUUGGAAAUUAAAAAUAAUAUUAAAAAUAUUACAAACGAUAGUGAUAAUGAUGUAAAAUAUUUCGCAAUUGAAAUUAUUGAGAAUAUGUGA